UAACUCACUGAGCCAGGCUUUGGGCGUUGUUUUCCUAGCUGCAAAGUGGCUGGAAAUUAAUAUACUUUGUGACUUUAAAUAGUUAAACCUCUUGAAUGGGACUUGUGCCAAUCUUAGUAGCUCCAAAACUGCGCAAAUGACAUUUGAGCAUUGAACGCUGUUCAAGUACCACACCCCUAAAAGACUAUGUCCACAAUCGAAGAGGAACGCAAGGCGUACGAAAACAAUCCCUACUUCACCGGCCACAUCUACGGCAACUUCUCGCCGUUUUAUGUGACCAUCGCCAUCUGCACGGUUGUCCUGGGCACGAUCAUAAUACUAAACAUUAUCCUGGGCUGCUGCUCCAAGCACCGCAAGUACUGGCAGGACAGGCACACGGGUAACCGCUGGUUGGUUUCCAUUUGGUCCGCCACGCCCCACAACCAGCCGCCAUUGGACUUUACUGAACUGAAGGACGCCUCCUACUUUCAGCGUUUCCAUCCCACUACCCACCAGCAAGUGUUCCCCGACGACGUUGUCAUUGGCGUUGACGACUUAGAGCCCGUGCACUCGGCGCAUCAUCACCACCAGCAGCAGCACCAGCGUCCACCACGCCCAGAGGGUCGUACCCUGCACCAGCAACGCCAGCGCGAGGAAUACGUGGAGCUGCAGAAGCGCGAGAGCGACAUCUAAGUAGUAAUGGCUCUUUACUUUCUUUAU